GUCUCAGCCCUACGCCCAGGCAUGCGUGACGUUGCCCUCCACGUACAGGUUGUGUCGGUCGACGCCACGGCCGAUGCCGUCACCACGGCGGGUGAGCCUGUUGUCGCCGUCCACGCCCUCGUUGCCGAUGCCUCGGCCGCCGUCGUCCUUGUCGUCCGAUCCGCCGCUGCCGCCACGCUGCUUGUUCCGGGCACAUGGCUCGCCAUCACUGGCGCCGCCGUUUGCAUCACCUCGCAGCGCACCCUCGCCCCUCACUGA